CCGUGCCAAUUCGCGUUUUCCCACUGAACCUUGGUACAUAUCCAGCUCAGCCCUGCCCAGCUCACCACCACACUCACCGAGACGAACCUAACACAGUCAACAACUAUUCCAAAUAACCAUGGCUGACGCAGGCGAAGAGCCUCAUCACGUUUCGGAGCCUCUCGACCUUGUUCGACUCCUUCUCAACGAGGUUGUCUUUGUCAAGCUUCGAGGAGACCGCGAGCUCAAGGGAAAGCUACACGCUUACGACAGUCACUGCAAUCUGGUGUUGGGAGAAGUCGAGGAGACCAUCUACACUGUGGAUGAGGACGAUGACGAUGAGGAACUCAAGACCAUCAGCCGGAAAUCUGAGAUGUUGUUUGUGAGAGGCGAUAGUGUUGUCCUUAUCUCACCUGGGGUUCCGUUCUAGAAGGGAUACAAAGAAUCAUUACGCCCCUGCACACACUCAAAUGUGCAAACACUGUCUCAGCAGCAACUAUGCCCGUUGCGUCAUACGACAGCCUGAGGCACGAAGCUGCUCAAAGCACCCCGAAAGCAGCCCGAGACUGUGUUGAUACCAGUAUUCAGGGUUCAAUAUCUUACAGCAUUACAACCCUUGAGCCACAUUCUGUUCCAGCCAAAGCCAAGUCGAAGUUGAACAAGUGGCUCCUAUUGCUGGAAAGCCCACCUUGACAGAUUUAGCUCAAGGUUUAGAUAGAAAGAGCAUUGAUAGCACAAAAGAACAUUGAUGCAAAAAACCACCUCUAGUUCGCAUUCAAUACAGCCUUCCGAUACCGGCUAAUCACAAUUUAUUGGCCACUACAGGUUGUCCAUUGAUGAGACUUUGGUUCUCAUGGCAUUUUAUAACCCCGAUAGAUGAAUGCGGCUUGAGACGCCAUCC